GCAGGGCAGGUCGAGUAGGUAUGCAGAAAGGCGGCUCAGCGACCGGGCGGCUCGGGUGCUGGGCGGCUCGGGCGCAGGGCGGCUCGGCUCCCGGGCGGCUCGGCGGCAGGGCAGCUCGGGGGCAGGGCGGCUCGGCGACAGGGCGGCUCGGCGACAGGGCGGCUCGGGUGCAGGGCGGCUCGGCUCCCGGGCGGCUCGGCUGCAGGGCGGCUCGGCUCCCGGUAGUAGGUGGGCGGCGGGGCCGCGCGAGAAGACGGCCGGGGCCGCUACGGUAGUAGGCGGCGGGGCCGCGGUCGAACAGGCGGCUGGCACCGCGGUCGUAGCAGGCGGCGGGGCCGUGCAAGCAGGCGGCCGGGGCCGCGGUAGUAGAGGGCGGCGAGGCCGCGCUAGCAGGCGGCCGGGGCCGCGACAGUAG